AUGAAGCUUAUGCUUACUCUACUUGUAUCGGGCCUCUGUGCCCUGGCUGCCCCUGCGGCUAAGCGUGAUGGCAUCGAGGAUUACGCUAUCGGCAUUGACAAGCGUAGCUCAGUCGAGGACUAUGCUAUUGGUAUCGACAAGCGCAACUCCGUUGAGGAUUACGCUAUUGGCAUCGAUAAGCGUGGUGGUUCAGUCGAAGACUACGCUAUCGGCAUCGACAAGCGCAACUCCGUUGAGGAUUACGCUAUUGGCAUCGAUAAGCGUGGUGGUUCAGUCGAAGACUACGCUAUCGGCAUCGACAAGCGCAACUCCGUUGAGGAUUACGCUAUUGGCAUCGAUAAGCGUGGUGGUUCAGUCGAAGACUACGCUAUUGGUAUUGACAAGCGCAACUCCGUUGAGGAUUAUGCUAUUGGCAUUGAUAUGUGUGGUUUUUCAGUUGAAGACUACGCUAUCGGCAUCGACAAGCGGAACUCCGUUGAGGAUUAUGCUAUUGGAAUCGAUAAGAAGCGCAAUUCUGUUGAAGACUACGCCAUUGACUACGCCAUUGGUAUUGACAAACGCAACUCCGUUGAGGAUUAUGCUAUUGGCAUUGAUAAGCGUGGAGGAUCAGUUGAGGAUUAUGCCAUUGGCAUCGACAAGCGCCAUGCAGGCCAUUAA